GCAGCGCCAGAGCCAGGAGACAGGGCAGAGUGUGAAGAUAGGGCAGCUGGGGGCACAGCAACUCGCAACACGUGCACGUCAAAGUCGACAAGGUCAAUGCACAUUGAAGAUGAAGAGGAGCCUCCCUUCUUGUGUAUUAUUUAUUUAUGUCACUCUGCUAAGCUGGAAAAGUGCAAUGAUGCUCCAGUGUGGCAAGCAGGAAUUUGAAGACAGUGGUCAAUGUGUCCCCUGCCUUUGCUGUCCUCCAGGACAUGAGCCUGAACAGGAAUGUGGCUACGGAAAAGGCAUCAAAAUGAGCUGUAGAAGCUGCUUGCCAUCCACCUUUUCAAAGACCUAUGGCUCUGGGUCCUGCAAGCCUCACACCGACUGUGCCAAUUUGAACAGGAGUUAUGUCCGUCUGGGGACAGCGACCACAGAUGCUUUGUGUGGGCACUGUUUGCCAGGGUAUUACACUGUAGUUGUAGGACUUUCUGAUGUGAGGACAUGUCUGCCAUGUUCUUCUGCUCCGAGAGGAACUGUGGAAUGUGCAGAUGUGCAUUCUCAACUUUUGCGUGUGGCAAGGAACAUCCGGGCUGCACAUCAAGUGAAUGUCUCAAAGUCUUCUAAUGCCAGCAAAAAGGAAACACAGAAGGAGAAGCACACUGAAUAUGCUGUGCUAGCAUUGGUGCCGGUCUUCUGCAUUGUAGGAUUGCUCGGAAUUCUUGUCUGCAACUUCUUGAAGAAGAAGGGAUAUCGCUGCACCUCAGAGAACGAAGCUGAUGAGGAGAGCUCCACUGCGAAACUUGCAGCUAUGAAUGGAGAUUCUUUCAGAUCUGAUGAAACCAAUGAAGACACCAUCGGAGUUCUGGUGCGGCUGAUCACAGAGAAAAAAGAAAAUGCUGCAGCCUUGGAUGAGAUGUUAAGGGAGUACGAGAGGAAGGAAGGAAUCACCAAGGAUAACAUGGCAGAGAUCACCAACAAGAAUGUGGCAGACAAGUUUGCUCCAUUGUUAACCUUUCCCAAGCUCUGCAAACACCACCACGUUCACACUGUGCAGACCUCAGCAACCCUGCUGGGAUCCAGCUGUACCCGCUGCAGUCAAAAGAAGUGGCCGGAGCUUCUGAUGAAUCCGACGGUCCGGAAUGCCUCAAAACCUGUCAGGGUGGGAACGCGGAAUAGUAGGCCUGGUGAAAUCACCAUCUUAUCUAUCGGCAGAUUCCGUGUUGCUCAAAUUCCUGAGCAGAAGCAGAAUUUAAUCGAUGAGCAAGUCGUACCUGCAUCAAAGGACUCUGAUUCAAUCGAAACGUCCUGUAAUGAGCCUGUGGAUCGUAAAUCUCUGCUGGGAAGUGUCUUGAUAAAAUGCCCGAAAGAUCAGCAAGAGGUUGGUGACUGAGUUUAUUGAAGAUGGUGAGGAGAUUUGCCAGUCACUUGAAUGUGAGUUGAAGCAACAGUGGGAUGCACAACUUGACGAUCAUUUGAUGAAAACAAAAUCUUCUCCCAAAUGUUCUAUAUUAUAUGUGGCAAAAUGCGAGGAUGUAGGAUCUAUCCAAUUGCAGACUGGGAACUUGCAAAUAAAGCCCAGUGUAAAGAUGAGCAUAACUCAUUUUUAAAAUUAAGUCUCCAAGGACAAUCUCAGCUGAAAUAUCCGUCCCUGAAACACUACACACGGCCUGUUAGUUUAUAUCCUUUGUAUGUCCUUUUUUAAACUCCUUAAUCUGUUCCUUGGAGAAAACAAAAGUCAGAAACUUGAAAGUUUCACUCAAAGCUGUGGUUUAUCAGUUUUUUUUACAUUGCAUGGAGGAUCCACUUGAUGACAAAGUUGCACGUUCUCUUCUUUUUCUAAAAAAAACUUGCCUUCUGAGGCCAAACAGAGCCCUCUUGUGGAACUGAAUCUACAAUGUUUCCAGAAUGGAGCCCUACUGUACUACUGAGCCACACAAACUGAAUAGGGUUAAGACUUGCUAUUUUUAUGACCUACACAUUGUAAUGAGAAACAAGAGAAAUUGUAGUCAAUUCUUAUUUUAAAAAAUGUUUUAAUUCAACAACAAACACCAGACAGACAGUUCUGAAUUUUCACAGUAAAAGUUCAACUGGUGAUUAAAGGAGAGCCGCAAUUAAUUAAUUUUUAAAAAAAUAAAAUCCUAUUUUUGAAACCCUCUGAAGGUAUUAGCAUAAAUCAUAGGAAAAGUAUUACUUAAAAUCUGAACUUUUCUUAGAUUCUAUGUUAAAUCCAGUCAAAUUACCAUAACAUACAAAGUUUUGAAGUGUUAAAGACAAAAUCAGCAUUAUUAGGAAAACAAAAUAAAUUCUCUAAUAUGGUCAAAAUGGAUACAGCUUUCUCAACUGCCCAAUUUCUAUGUAAAUUGUACAAUUGUAAAAAAGUUGUAAUAUAUCAAAGCAAUAAUGUAUCUUUUUAAAGAUAUAACGGAAAAUGCAUAGUAGCUACCUCCACAAGUACUGUUGCCAUGUAGCCGUACCUCAUAUGCCAUUUUCCCUCUUUGUAAAACAGAGGGUUUUUUUAAACUAUUUUCAGCUUGGAGUUUCCUAUGCAUUGACAGUGCACUCCUCUUCUUUGCUAACUCACAGCUAGUUGUCAAGCAUGUGACUUCUGCUGAAUGUUACAACAGCUGUGUUCCCUCAACCUGAAACUGGCAUUUCACGAAGUGCAGAUCUGCAAUCUGUUUAAACACUUAUGUUGAAUUCAUUGUGUUUUUCACUGUAAAAUGCUAACUUGUGAGAAGGGGAAAGAAGGCAGAGAGUCUUUGCUAAACUUAUGGACGAGUAUGUGCACACAUUGCCUAUGACAACAGGCAUGGCACUUUGGUUGAGCCCUGGGUAGAACUGAUGUCACAGGACAAUGGUGUGACAUCUUGUUGAUGGGAGUCAGCACUAAGUGUUUGCUUGAAUCCUAAGUGUAGUGAAGAUCUAUCAGCCGGAGACGUUCAGUUACCCGUCUCUUGCACAGAAGAGGUAAUAUGAGGUGACACCCAGCAUUGGAAUGAUCUUGACGUUUGUUUUGUUAGUUUGCGGUUCCAUGUCUGUCGUGAGGAGGUUCCAGCCAGAGAUGCAGACAUUGCCAACCUGACAUAAGCCUUGAGCUGUGAAGAGAUAAUUGUGAUGGCUACACCACCAGCCCAAAACAAGAAUUAUGAUACAAACCAACUAUUAAAAAUAGAAUUGUACAACAUUAUAGUCCUGAAUCACUGGAAGUGAAUUGGGUGGAUCCCACAAUACCAAAGCAGAAUUGUUUCCACUGAUUCUGGGAAGUUGUGUUCGUGAGUGUAAACAUAACAAUUAUUUCUUCUUCAAAGAAAAUUCUGUUUUUAUAGUAGUGGUGACUAUAGUGUGAAACUGAUGAGAUAUUCUUUUGAAACGUGAGAAUGUUAAAAAUCAACCCACAUUAUCCAGUAAAGGAUGGUUGCAUUUGGAUGACUUGCGGCAUUUUUCCAAUUGUCUUUAGAGUUAUCAGUAGGUUUGAUGUUUGGAGAAGCACAAUCGUUUAAGAAUUGAGUGUAUUUUUGUUUGUAAUGAAUUCAGCUGAUUAUUCAAUCAGCUCGGCAACAGAAGAAUUACUGAAAUCUAUAGUAUCACUAAUAGCAACCUGGGUUCCACUGACAUCACUGUCUAAUAUGGCUUCUGCAGCUGAAUGUGUGGAACAGUACCCAGGGGAAGGGGUUUUGCAAGACAGUUUGGUUAACUCUUACCCUGCAGUGACAGCUAUUGUUCUUUUCUGUACACAUUGGCACUAGUCAUAGUUUGAGCAGCUACACUUGUUUCUCUGUAGCUAGUGUUAGGGAUUCUGUCCUGCAAUAAUAGUGGAGUAGCUUCUACAUCAGAGACACCCAGCAUUUUAGAGAAUUGGUCCCACAAUCUCAUAUAGUCAGUAAGGAUGGGAUUGAAAAUCAUGACCUUUGGAUUGGAGAAUCUGAAAGGGCCACUGCUCAUAACGUAUUCACAGUAACUACCUUGGUUCUGAGCAAACCCAAUAGAUUGGAACAAGCUUUCUUCUUCCUUGCUGCAGAUUGGCAAUUAGAGAAAAGUUAAUCCAUGCAAGUCAUUUUGUAUUAUUACUAAUAUGCUUAUCUGAAAUUUAAAGAAGGGAUCUGUCAGGUGUAAUAACAGCAAACAUCUCCUAAUUCUAUCCCCCUUUCUUAUGCCUGUUUACAGCAUUUUAAUUCUGGGUGAAAAUUGGUUUACAUGUUGCUGCGUUUUGCAUUUCUGUUUUGAUAACUAUUUUAGUUUAAUUUAUUUUGUGUUAUUUACCUUUAUUUGAACUUUCUGUAAAGUAUUGACAAGUGAAUGCACUGAUUAAAAAAAAUCCUUGUGUCAUAUGUUAGUUGUAGUUAUUUGUGAUUGGUUAUGUUGCAGGAUUUUUAUUGUAUGAUUCUUCCAAUAAACUGAAGUUUGUUCCUCAGUCAUAUGGUGAUUACUGUACAAGAAAAAUGUUGCAGAUGCUGGAAAUGUGAAAUAAAAAAACAAAAGUAUUGGAGAUAA